AUGAAAGUUCAUUUCUUUGUGCUGGCAGUCAUCGCCUCCGCUGCAUCCAACACGCAGGCAGCCACUUGCAACAAGUUGCAUUCAUUGGAGCGCCAAGCACACCCAACAUGUCAUCACCAAAUCACUGCUAUGGUUCCCAAAACAUGCUCUGUAGUGAAUAACAGCAACCCGAAAAAAGCGCUCAAAUCAUUCAACCUCGAAGCAUUGGCGACAAAGCGUUGCCCGGCCGUUCCCUUGCGAACAAAAAAAUCCGAAUGCCGCUCUAUACGCGGGACAUCCUUGAUCGACCCUCAAUGCCCGCAUGCCGAAUCAACGACACUUCAGACAGAGAGGUUGACUAAAUCAUUGAGCGUGCGAACACUGGAGAGAAACCGUUGCCCUGUCGUUUCGAUGGAGAAAGAAAAUCGUGAGUACCGUUCUCUUCGUGGAACAUCCCGGAUAGAUGCUCAGUGGUCUUAUCCCGAACCGACAGUGCCUGCUUCCAACAAGUUGACCAAGCCAUGGCAAGCAGAUUCACCUGUACCUCGUACCUCCAACUCUGAGAAAGAUAUUGGCAAGUUCAAACUUCCAUUGAGCUCUCCUAGGGGUAAUUUAUUGGCAUUGGAGCCCUCGGAACGCUUUACAUGCCCAAACGGCAAAAAGUUGAAAGCUGCCUUUAAUGAAAAUUCUAAUGGAAAAGUCAAGAAGGCAACAAAUUCCGUAUGUAAAGCACAUAUCCAACCCGUUUUUCCCGUCAAGGCAUAG